AGCUAAAUGACAAUAGUGCGCUUUAUAAUGUGUGUCAUAUAUAUAUAUAAAAAUAACGUUAAAAUGACACGAUGACAAAGAUAAAAUUAAUGUUUUCAUUUAGCGCUUAAAUAGAAAAGACCUUGUGCUACGGAUUGAUUAAAUUUUUAGCGCCGCGACUGUGUAGCGCUCAUUUCGUUGUUCUCGUUAAAGUCAACAUGGGGUACAAGAGGGGGUUAAAAUUUGGUACAGCGCUUACUGUAUUAAUAGUUUUAAUUGCUGUUUAUUAUAGGAAUACAGAAAACGUUCUUCAAAAACGUUUACAAGCUUUAAUUCACGGGCUGGAGAAACUUGAAAAUAAACAUGUGAUAACUUCUAGGCCAAAAGUCGCGAUAGGUUAUGGUGUUUGUACUGACGUUUACGUUAACGCUAAACAGUUGCUGACAUAUUCUGAAAAAAUUGGACGACCCGAACAUUUCGACGAAAUUAACACGGAAAUCGAGCUAUUAAAAAGUUUUGCGUAUUAUUUUCGUCAUGGCGCCGCUGCCGAAUUUUAUGUUUUAAGGAGAUACAUGGCAAAUCGGACAUUGUUUGAUAUGCUUGUCGCUAGAGCCAGAUCAUUUCCAUCUUCAUAUUCUACCAUUGGCGGUAAUGCAGCUAUCAUGGCAUUACGAUUUGCAAAAGAGGGAUGUGACGUUACGCUUGCUGCAAAGCUUACUAGAUCCUUACAUCAGAUGAUGCCGCAAGUUAUUAAUAUCGUUGGAGGUGAAACAAAACGAGAUGACAUUCAUUUAGUUAUAGAAUAUAAACAUGGAGAUGUUUGGGGUCCAUAUUCUAGUGCCAGAGCUAAUAGGUAUAUAGUUCAUAAUGAUGCCAACAAUCCAAUGAUCAGUUCUUUUGAAGCAUUCGAUAAGCUUUUAUCGACCUAUGACCCUCAUUUACUUGUUAUUAGUGGUUUGCAAAUGAUGGACAAUUAUCCGCUUUUAGAUGGUGAAAAGGAAAAACUUUUGCUUAAAGUGAAAAAGCAAAUGGUGAAUCGAUCUUCAUCUACUAAGAUUCAUUUUGAAAUGGCUUCGUUCUCAGAAGAAAAGUUGCUUUUUGAAUUGUGUGAAACAGUUAUACCAUUUGCUGAUAGUUUAGGCAUGAACGAGCAAGAAAUAGCUAAUUUACAUAAUGCAAUGUACUAUGGUAACAUAUCUUUAGUAGCAAACUCAACGCCCCGUAUUGCAACAGUUUUAGACCAAAUGCGAACGUUAUUCAAACUUAUCCGUACGAGAAGCAAAAACAUUGCUCAUUCUCGACAGUUGACAAGAAUUCAUGUACAUACGUUAGCAUAUCAAGCUAUAUUUACUACAAAAAAUUCUAUGUGGAAAAAUACAAUGGCUGCAGCAGCUAAAGCAUCGUUAACAGCUCAUAGGCAUGUAUGUGCAACAAGCCACGUUGACAUUAAAAAAGCGACAUUAAUUUUGGAUGACAGUUUUUCAACGUCUAUCGUUGACGGUACUCGAAUAGCACUAGAUAUCGAGAAACCAGUCUCUUGUUGGGACGAAAUAUUAAAAGUAGGAAGCGAAAAUAUUCCUAUUCAGGUAUGCGUUGCACCGGUAUUAGUUUGCACCGAAGCAGCUCAGACUGCCGGUGGUGGCGAUAAUAUUUCAAGCGCUGGUCUGGUAUUACAAAUCUAAUUUUUGUAUUUAAAGACACAAUUGAACGACAAUGAAUUAUCAUAAUAUUCCGCUUUGGCACUCACAGGACGAAUUAGAUUUCGGCUUAAACUUUCGACAUUCAAAUGUAUAACUCAUUCCAUGAAACAUCAUUCCAUAUGCACGUGUUACUACCACGUUUGACGUUCUAUACACAUAAAUUUAGUAAUUUUAGUUUGUUACUGCUCGAUUUGUCUCAACGUAGGACGAAAUGAUUGUUAAAUUAGAUGAUACGCGAAUACUACGACAAUACUGGAUACUAUUAUAAUACAUUGAACAUGUUUUUUCUGCCUAAGGUAAAAUCCACGUUAUACACACAGUGCCAUGCCAGAACUUCUCUUUCAUGAAUAUUCAGUAAUUACAGGGAAAAAAUUUCCCGUUUUAAUAAUAUAUUAUGUAACAAUUAUGCGCUUUAAAGGUCAGGUUGUGUGAUAUAGUAUUUAAAAGGUUCUAUAAAAAUAAUUUUCCAACGAGAAACUGAAAAAAGAAAAAACUGACAAAGUAACGAAUAAAAUAAAGUUGAACAAUGUAUAAAGUUAUGUUUCUUGUCGUUUUCUCAUCCUUUUGUUUGAUAGUGUUAACUCUCAUUUUACACGACUCCGUCAUUUAUUGAUGCAAUAAUAUUAUUAAAUCAAAUUUACAAUUAGAAACUUGUUAAAACAUCGUGUUUAUAUAGCGUUCGUAUCGGCGUUCAAAAUAAAUGUGUCAUAAAAACUAAAGCUUUCCUUACAUGUCUAAAGUACCAAUGUUUCAAAUUAUAAUACCUUUAUACACAAAUCAUUCGUCGAAAUCUCGCAUUUUAGUGAAAAUUUAAAUUUGAACUAUGCAACAAUGCACGUAUAGUGGAAAGUAAUUUUAUAAUAUUAUCAACUUUAACUUGCUGCACGCAUAUCUUAAAAAUAUCCUCCUAUUCUUUUCGAACGAACUCAGAUGAAAACAGUAUAUCCGAUAAAAAAUAGUAAAUAUUUUAUAAUAUAUUUCCGACCGUAUUUUUUUUUCUUUUUCCUCUUGUUUUCUUUUUAUUGAAAGAACGCUCUAGUAUCAAUUGAUUCGUUAUCAACAAACGAAAGAGAAACAUUUACUAUUGCCUAUUUAAAAUACUAGCUUAUAUAAUUGUUCUUAAUUUACAUAAGGUUCAUUUCGAACAUGUGUAGUAUAUGAAUUUUACAUCGAGAGAUACGUAUCGUCGAUUUGCAAUUAAUCAACUUUCAUGAACAAUAACCAUUUCGAAGGAAAAGAUAAAGAAACGAUCAGAUAUACAGUGAAUCUUAUCAAAUGGGAGAAGUUUAGUCAACAAGUGUUCUAUAAAAAAAAUUUCACA